GCUGAAUGGAGAAAAUGGGUAACAUCUUCCCCCACCGCCGAUCCUGGAGUGAUGGCCACCGAAAAGCCUCCCUCCAGAGGAGGAUAAGCAACAGGUGGUGGUGGUGCGUUCUGUGGUCCGUCCUCUGUCUUGCAUGGUCGUCCUCCACCACCGAAGCUCUCGUGGUGGCUUCCUACACCACGCCCAACGAAAGCUUCACCUUCCAGCACGUCGCCUUGGACCCUAUGUCUGGGAGGAUUUAUGUGGGUGCCACCAACCGACUCUUCCAGUUCGAUGCUGGCUUGAGGAUGGAAGAGAUGGUGGUGACUGGCCCGGUGGAGGACAGCAUACAGUGCUAUCCUGGUGCGUGUUCCGACGACUCCCUGUCGUCGGUGGAUAAUGUCAAUAAGUUGCUUGUUGUUGACGAGCAGUCGCGGCGUUUGCUUGUUUGUGGAAGUGUGUACCAGGGAUCGUGCCGGCGCCGCGAGCUGGAGAACAUAACAUCUGCUGAGGAGUUGGUGGCGCUGCCAGUGGCGGCUAACGAUGAGACUAGUACGACGGUGGCUUUCGUCGGCCCGACUAGGUACGCUGGUUACCCAUCUCGCGUGCUCUACGUAGCCACGACCAACAGUCGGCUCGGGCCCUACAGGGACAUGGUGCCUGCCAUAUGUAGCAGGAGCAUCGACGACAACCGCCGUCUGUUCGCAGUCAUCGAGAAAUCCUUUUCUACCAUCUCGCGUGUUGACAUCAGCUCGCAGCUCCGGGACUACUACCUGGUGGACUAUGUGACGGGAUUCCAUUCCGGGGACUAUGUGUACUUUGCAACUUUGCAGCGGCGCUCACACCUGCGCUCUCUCGAAGAGUGGGGUUACAUCAGUCGCCUGGCACGUGUCUGCGUCUCUGACGCGGGGUACAACUCGUAUGUCGAGACGACGCUGCAGUGUCUGGGACCAGACGGCAGAGAUUACAAUCUACUCCAGGACGCUUAUCUGGUCAGGACUGAGCCGGCAGACCUGCUGGUUGGUGUGUUCGCUGCCAGCAAGGACCAUACGGCCCGGAUUUCUGGUCAUUCUGCAGUGUGUGUGUUUUCGCUUGCUGACGUGGAGCAGCGUUUCAUCGAAAACAUCCACCUGUGCUACAAUGGCAGCGUUCCGUCCAGGGACAUGGACUACAUCGCAGGAAGCAUACAGGCCUGCCCUGAACCUGGGGUACGUGACGCCAUUCUUAACGCCUUGCUUUCCUCACAGGGAGGGAAUAUUUUCAACUUUUGCGGAGAACCUCUGAAAUUAAACGGAUCCUUACCCAUCACAUCCUAUCCAGUCAUCGCCUAUGAGAACACCACGCUGUCAUCUGUGGUGGCCACCACCACCUCUCACCACACCGUUGCCUUCAUUGGGACCACGAACGGACUCUUGAAAAAGGUACUCAUAGGAGACGAAGCUGAGGAAUUUGAGGAAGUCGUAGUGGACGAAGGCAAUCCUAUCCUACCUGAUAUAUACCUUGAUCCAUCCGAAAAUCACAUUUAUGCUGCCUCACCAUACAAAAUUAGCAAGGUUAGAGUGGAACAAUGUGGUCGUUAUGAAGCAUGUGAUCUAUGCCUUAGAGCGAGAAAUCCGUACUGUGGCUGGUGUUCCUUAGAGAAGAGGUGUACAGUAAAAGCAGCUUGCCAAAACGCAACUCUGACGACCGAUUCUAGUAGUCCUAGGUGGUUGUCUCUGAACACACAGCAAUGUAUCGAUUUCCAGGCAAUCAGACCGGAGCAUUUGCCUCGCAACAGCUUAUCCGUGGUCGAACUGGUAAUCAACCAACUUCCUCAGUUACCAUACGGGGCACACUAUAUGUGUGUUUUCGGCAGCAGUACACCCGUCCAAGCGAAGGUCACGGACCAAGGACUUGCGUGCCUCGCUCCUGUGCUAGCUGAAAGGCCACCAAUACCGACCGGGAAAGAUCAUGUGACUGUGGAUCUGGCAGUACGUUCUAGUGAGACGAACAAAGACUUCUUGAACAGAUACUUUGCCUUCUAUGAUUGUUCUGUUCAUAAGACGUGUACCUCUUGUGUUACGAGUGCUUGGGCGUGCAGCUGGUGUCCGCACGAAAACAAGUGCACGCACAACGUCACCACGUGUUCCAGGACUGUCAUAUCCGGAGAGAACAAUCCUCAAAACUCUCUCAUCAAAGGGCGACAGCACUGUCCAAGCUUCAAGCUGGAAGAAGAAAUCCUGUUGCCAAGUGGCGUGUCAAGGGAGAUUACCAUCGAAGUACGGAACCUGCCAAGUGUCAUUGAAAAUUUCCAGUGUGUCAUAGAAAUUGAAGGGGCUAAAGAACGUGUACUUGCUAUAGCCAAGAACAAUAAAAUCAUCUGCUCAGAAACAGCGUAUACAUACCAAGCUGAAGUUGGAAAAGUCACGGCGACGCUUACAGUUUUAUGGAAUGAUGACACCUAUAUAGAUAAAACAAAUGUAACUCUGUAUAAGUGUCCUCUGCUGGGAAGUCACGGAGGCAGAGCCGACUGCUCUUUGUGCUUGACUCGAGAUCGGAAAUAUCAGUGUGCUUGGUGUGAUGGUUCGUGUAAAUUUGGAGAUGCCUGCUUGGAUCCUGUAGCAACUACUUGUCCACCCCCAAGAAUAGAUUGGAUACAUCCUUUGAGUGGUCCUGUAGAGGGCGGCACAUUGGUUACCAUUGAAGGAAGCAAUCUAGGAACAAGUGAAGAAGAAAUCAGAGACAACAUUACCAUUGGCGGUAUUCCAUGUAUCCUAGAAGAGUAUUCCGUUUCGGUGAGAGCUGUUUGUAGAACAGGCCCUAGUGCUGGACCUAUGGCAGCUGAAGUUUUAGUUGGGAAUAAAGCUGGUCAUACCAAAGCAAGAGAAAGGUUUUAUUAUAAAGUUGUUGACUUGAACAGAGUUCAUCCAAACAAAGGCCCACAAUCUGGUGGAACUAGGUUAUAUUUAACUGGUGCCAACUUAAACGUGGGCAGCCACCUGCGAGUUAUGCUGGAUGAUUUGCCUUGUGAAGUUGAUAGAACUCUAGCCAGCAGCAGCCAAAUCAGUUGCCGAACGACAAGAAGUCCUAUCCCGUCCUAUAAUGUUAGUCAGCUGCGAUUGUCUGUGGACCACGCGUUACUGACGCUUCCCAACCCUUUUGUGUACAGAGAUGACCCCGUAGUGAAGAAGAUCACGCCUCUCAAAAGUUUCAUCAGCGGUGGCCGAGCGGUGACUGUGAGCGGAGUGAACUUCCUACCAGUGCAGCAGCCUCGGAUGGUGGUCUACUUCAACGACAGCCUGGUGAAUGAAACGGUAUGUGAAGUUCGUUCCGACCACCUUAUGGUGUGUCCGAGCCCCUCAGUGUCCGGGUCUCUAUCCAAGUGGCAACAAGCGCAAGCAGACUACAUGGCGGAAGAGAGCGCCGACCACCUGCUGAAGCUGCGGAUUGGUUUCAUUAUGGAUGGUGUGGAAAGUGUCCGGGCUCUUCAGGACUCCUUCCCCAGCCUCCACUCUGAUCUCACUUAUGUAUCUGAUCCCAAGUUCUUGGCUUUUGAAGACGAUGGAGUCAAGCUCUUCAAAGGAGACUCCUUGGUCAUUGAGGGUGAAAAUCUACGUCUAGCAAGCACAGAACCUGAGGUAAAUGUUACCAUCGGCAGCAGACCCUGCAAUUUGACUUCUUUGGCCUCUGCGCAACUUGUUUGUCUACCACCUGAUGUUCAGCCACAAGGAACUGAUGAAAUCGGAAGGAAAACGGAACUAGGAUUGCCCAUGGUAGUGGUGCGAGUGGGACGCAAUUUGCGCUUCGAGCUUGGAUAUCUGAAGUAUGAGGUAGCCAAAGGAUAUGAGCUACCACCGGGGGCUGUUAUAGGCAUAGCUUCGGGUGGUGCAAUACUUGUACUGUUUAGUCUAAUCAUUUUGGCAGUACUGAGGCACAAGAAUUCGCAGGCAGAACGAGAGUACAAGCGUAUUCAGUUGCAAAUGGACACCCUGGAGAACAGCGUGAGGUCCGAAUGCAAGCAAGCAUUUGCAGAAUUGCAAACGGAUAUGACGGAUUUGACCAAUGACUUGGAGACAUGCGGCAUACCUACAUUAGAUCAUAGAACGUACGUCAUGAAAGUAUUCUUCCCGGGAGUGUAUGAUCAUCCUUUGCUACAGGAUUCCAAAAAAUUGAUUAUUCUGUUGUGACUGUUCAAGUCGUGCAUGAGGAUCAAGAUGAGAAGAUUGUCUGUAGAGUGAAUGAUUGUGAUGCUACCAGUCAAGUAAAAGCCAAACUGCUGGAUUCCGUUUACAAAAACACUCCUUUCUCAUUACGGCCUUCUUUGCAUGACGUAGAUCUUGAAUGGAGGCACGGUCGAGGUGGUCACCUGACACUAGCGGAUGAAGAUUUGACCACGAAAACGACCUGUGGUUGGAGGAGACUGAACACCCUGAAACACUACGGUGUGAAGGAUUCAGCCGUUAUGAGCCUAGUCACUAAACAGAACGAUAGUUUUAGUUCGAAUUGCACUGGAAAUGCAUCCCUAAAUUCAGUUUCUCCCAUUGUUAAUCAUUAUGAUGUUGAACAAGGGGUCAGGCAUUGGCACCUGGUGAAGCCUCAAGAUGACCAGGCCCCUCUGAAAGACUACAACCACAAAUCAAUUCCUGAAAUAUUCCUAACACGACUUCUGUCCACAAAGGGUACUGUUCAGAAGUUCGUGGACGAUUUCCUUACUACUAUUUUGACUGCUAAUGAGAGCUUACCCCCUGCUGUGAAGUGGUUGUUUGACCUACUGGACGAAGCAGCCUUGAAGCACAAUAUCCUCGACCCAGAAGUUGCGCAUGCGUGGAAGAGCAAUAGUCUUCCGCUGCGGUUCUGGGUCAACUUCAUCAAAAAUCCAGACUUUGUCUUGGAUAUCCAAAAGACAGCAGUAGUCGAUUCCUGCCUUUCCGUCAUAGCACAGACUUUGAUGGACGCUUGUUCCACUUCAGAACACAGGCUUGGCAAAGAUUCUCCCUCCAACAAGCUUCUCUUCGCCAAGGAUAUCCCCACCUAUCGCAAGAUGGUCAAUAGGUUCUAUCAGGACGUUGCAGCAAUGCCACCUGUCACAGACCAGGAGAUGUGUGUCGCCAUGCAGGCGCUCUCAUUAUCUCAUAUAGCUGAAUUUGACAUCGUGAGUGCCUUGCGUGAGCUAUAUGUUUAUGCUGCCAAGUACAAUGAUCAGGUCCUCGAAGCUUUGGAUUUAGAUCCGUACUGCCAAAAGAUGCACUUGGCGGAUAAACUGGACACUGUAGCAUGCACUUUAGAAGGAGAGGAGACAUCCGUAUGCUAGACCCAACUCAACCCACGCUGCUGGUACAGCUAUCUUUUCUUCAAAAAUGUGAAAAGUGCCAUUCACAUUAUUCCACGCCAGAGACCCGAAGAGUGGCUUCUCUUCCAAUCCAGGGACAGCAGGAAGAACAAAGCAAAUGAACUGUGGGCAUCACCAGGUUCAUUCCGCCCUACUCAACUGGGCGCCAAAAGCUUUUCACGUCAAUCUCUCCAGUGGAUCAUUUUUGUACAUAGAUGAAUGUAGUCAAAUGUUGUACAUACGAUGUAUUGUGUUCCAAAAAAAAAAAAACUAUAGCCGGCAGCACACUUCCUACGCGGGGCCGAUGCAGUACCAUGUGGACAUCCAUCGUCUGAUGACUUGCUAAAGAAACCUUUUACACAAACUAUUCUUUUUUUAAAGAAACAUACUUUUGCAUACAUGGAUAUAUAUUUUCGGAUGCCAUCGAUGGAAAUCGUUUUUCAUUUUGAAUCUUAUUUUAGACGCAGAGAGCUUCAAACACUAAAAUUGAGUUUAGAAUAUUGGGUUCUACUGCUAUCGGAACUGCUAACUGAAUGAAGAAGACGUGUUGCGUGACAGAGCUUGAGGAAGCGGAAGCGGCGUUAUCAGAGGAUUGCGUCGUCCAUUAUGUUUGUUGAGGAUUUAAAUAUAUAUAAAUAUAUAUAAAUAUAGUAUAAUUAUGAUUGUAAUGAUGUUCAUACUGGUGAGAGAGCUCCUAUUCAAGCAGUCAGUAUUUAAUAUUUAUUUAACUUAAUUUUGGUCAGCACACAAGAAUUUUAAUUUUGACUGAAAGUGACUUUACUCUGUGAGUUUAUACUUCCGCCAUGCGGAAAUUUUAAUUAAAAGUCCUUUUACUACCAAAGCUAUCAAACAGCUUAAUAAUAAAUUUGUCACAUUGAUUCUUCUAUAACAUAAAUCUUUCAUAAUGUUUUCAAAUACAAACAAACCUUAAGAACAUCAUAAAGGUAUAGACUACUUGAGAGAAAAAUUUAAAAAAAUUAAAAUUAUCUAAAAUUAACUCCAAAAGGCUACGGCACUACUUUUAUACAGGUCACCAAACAUUUGAAUUUCCUAAAGUUUUACAAUAUGUCACUAUCAUGCUACAAAACAUUCAAUUUUACUAAGUUAUGAAACAAGAAAUACAAAUAGCUGUUAAAAUUUACAACUAUAGACCCACUCCCUCUGUAACAUAUUUUGCAGUUUUGUUUUCUUGAAGGACUUCAUAACUUGAACUUUAAAAAUACAAUGCUUACUGAAACAAAUUUUGAAACUGCAAAUAUUGUAUUGCAUUUAAAAAAUUUCAAAAAUUCCCUAAAUGCACACAUGAAAAUUCUGCAAGUUGUUUUAUAUGUUAUGAUACUUUAAUCCUAAAGCAGUUUAAAAUUGAAACUUUAGUUGUAUUUUUAAUGGCUGUUUUAACGGCUCUUGAGUUGAGCCGAAUAAAAUCAACCUUUCCAUUGAAAAAUAUCCUAUUUAUUAAUGGCUGCUUCAAUGGCACUUGAUUUUGAGCCUUAAUACAGUUUUUAACAGAAAGAUUGGUUUUUACUCGUAUUUAUUAAUGGCCAUUUUAAUGACACUUGAUACGAGCUCUCUCCCGAAAAUUCGGACGACAACUGUUCUGAAAACCGUCGGUGAAUACACUUUCCCCAGAAACGGCGGAUGGCCGUCUUACCAUUUGUUGUGCAUUUCUCUCUCCGUCGUCGCACCCCCCACUCCCAUGAGGGGGAGGGGACGUACCUUACGUGCCAUCCGCCCCCCUGUGUCAUACACGCUACCUGUGAUACAAUCUCGUCAACUGCAAACAGUGGCUCUUGCAUAUUUUGUGGACAUGUGAACUUGGUAUAAGUCUCGUGUGUGUGUGCGUGAGCUUCGUCUCCCAGUAGAAGGGCUCGAUCUUCAACCUCAUCGGUCGGCUGAUUGUGAAACUUUACAACCUGUUGAAUUUACACGAAAUUGCGACAUGGGCCUGAUCCUUUUAAUCCUAUCAAUAACAAUCUCAUUUCGGAUGAAACUGAUAUAAAUCACAAUCACAUUUUCCCGGUGUCUUGACAUAGUGAACAUAAAGAUCUCCUUUUAAGUACCUCUUAUAGGUUCAAACAUAAACAGAACUUCAAGCAGUAACACGCAUUUGUUUCUUUUUUUUACUUAUAUCCUCCUCCUAAGUUAAACAGACUAAAAUUCUACACAUAAAAAUCUGUUUUCAAGAAUAGUUUAUUCAGUAAAUUACCGCCCUUUAGCUAGGGUUAAAGCAGAAAUACAUGAAAUACGCCGUAAGCUCAGUCAUUUCCAGCCGAUGACUGCAGUUUCGGGCUUAUAAACACUCAUCAGUCCGGCAUAGGAAAGUGACUGAGAUGGAGAUGGAAAACCUUUUAAGGAAGCCAAGAGUGCGAAACAAACUGAUAGCUAAUAUAGAAUUAGCAGACCAUAGUUUAUGUUGUUGCAGAAUGUGAAUUGCAAGCCACUUAUUUCUUGAGUUUGAGCACUGUGGUUCUAAAAACGGAGCUUCUUAAGUCUGGCAUGAAACCUAUCAUUUGAACAGUUUUGGUUAGUACAUUUCGUAUCGAGACAAAGUAGUCAAACAAAUAGAAUAAGUCACGUAAACUUAAGUUCAAUAGAUAUAGUAGCUGUCGACAGUUAGUCAAACCUCAUUGAAAAAAAUUCCUUCCUGAUGGCGAUAAUAAACCUAAUUUUGCAAACAUUCUCUGCUUUUCCCAGCAAGUACUGGUACAAGACAAGUACAUACUCCAGAAAAGUCUUCAAAUUGUAAAGUACCAUUUUUCCUAUGUUUAACAAACUACCCUGUUCAAAAUGGCGACAACUCAAAACGUCGGUUCUUUGGACAAACAUGGAAUGACAUUGAUUUCGCUUUAUUUAUUACCGAACAAGAACAACUCCAAACUCGAAUUCAUCAUUUUGAUUUUUUUUAAAAACGACGCCAUUUUGAAUGGAGAUUUGAACAUGAAGAUCGGGCCCUGCGCAUAUUUGUCGCCGAAUUGUUGAAGAUGGCGGCCCUUGUCAGUCGCGCUUCGAAUGGAAUCUCAUUUAGGCUGUGAUAUCUUCUUCCCAAGAGAGGACCGGCUGUCACUUUCUCUCUCUUUCUCCUCUCAUGUCCUCCUCCGCCACAAGGGACGCGCGAAGUAUUUUUUAUACCAGAGACGAAACUUGGUAGCCAUUGUAUUGGACGAAAUAAACAAUUAUAACACUUUAAACAA